AUGACGCUUUUUACAUCGAUAAUUUUCAUAUCAACUUAUCAAUUCAUUAUUAUACAUGGUCAAGAAAUUGAUGAAAAUCCUAUGAAUAAUAAUAUAUUUGGUUUAUCUCCGUUUUCUUCCAGUAAUGAUGAUUGGUUAUCAGAUGAAUUCACAAAUAGAUUAAAUGAAUUUUGUCCGGGUAAUACUGUUCCAUUUACAAGUCUAGCAGAUAUUAUAACAGAUAGUAGAACAGGAACUGAUGCAUAUGAAGUACAAUUUAGUCCUCGUAUUACUAAUUUCUUUGAUAGUCAAAUAUUAAUUGGACAAUUGAGUAAUAUAAAUCAAAUAGUUAAUGUACAAAUGAGCUUUCAUAAUGAUGAUGGUGAUAUUAUACGUGAUACAUUUGGUAAUCCAAUUCAAUAUACAUCAAAUCGUCAAGAUCUUGGGCAUGUUUUAGACAUAUUACAGCCAGGAUUCCCAUUUUCUUAUGUUAGAUGUCUUUUAAGAUUACAACCAAAUUCUAAUUUUAAUCCACAUAGUCUUUUCUUUCAUUUUUCACAACGAUUUCCGUCCGGAACGGCAGCAAAUAACAUAACAUAUACAAUCACCGGUCCAACAUUAUUCUCUAUUGAUUCAAACAGACAAACAUAUAACGUAUCUGCAAAUUGUCCAGUUGGAUUAACUUGUAUGUGGUUAUUAGACAAUGAAGUUAUCUCAGGUACAUCCAAUACUACUGUUACAUUAGAAUUCAUCCCGAGACACAUUGGCAAUCGAACAUUAUCAUAUGUUGGAUAUUCUGCAAAUACGCCUCGAAUAUUAGCAUCACUUUCACUUUCUAUAUUGCCUAGUACAAGUCCAGGUAAAGUUUCAAGUUUAAUGAAUUUUGAUAUUUCAAAUGAAUUUUUAAAAUAUAUUAUGUAA